AUGCGCCGCAUCUCACAGCCCACCAACAGAUUCCUUACGACAUUUGCCACCAGUACUGCUCGCUUCCUUCGUUCGAAUGAGCAGCGACAAGAAGAAAGCCUAGGCGAAGGUACGGCAGGAUACCACCAAUAA